UGUGUGGAUACCCGUCUGGCAGAGAGUGAUCGGCACACGUUAGGACGCGCACCCCCGGACGGAACCGGAUCGUGUGUUCUUCCCGGAGGUGGUGGCGUUGGUUGGAAUUGGGAAGUAAUGUUGGGAUCCACACAUAUGAUCACUCCGGUGGGAUUCCUCAAAGAUCUCGAAUCUAUGUCUCAACUAUUCCUCACUCAAAACAAUACAGUUGGGAUCCAACAGCCUUCUGGGGCAUUCAUGGGUCGAAGACUCACACAAGGUGGAUUUCAUCGCUUUUGA